ACCCAAUAGUAACCCUAUUAUUUUGGCUUUGACAGGGAUAGUGAUUAUCGAAUCCAAUGUGAGGUUAUUGUUUUUAUCUUUUGUCUGUAUUAUAAUCUAUCAAGAACUGAAUAUUAUGAUUAGAUAGCUAGAAUAUGGUGACUUUUAUUGUGUGGUUGGAGUUGUCGCAUCGUCUUACAAGAAUUCGGAGAAAUGAUUCAUUCGAUAGACAAAAUUUUUCUGUUUGUUGUCUUCUUGCUAAAUUGAUUCGAUACGAGAAACCGGCUUUAUUUUGCGAACUAAUUCGCGCACGAAAAUGCACUCCAAGAAUGAAUAUCGAAGGUCAAUCGACGAAUACAAACCUGCUAUACCCAUAAGAAGAAAGAUAGGCCUCUAUUGGAUUUUGGCUUCUUUAAGAAUUAUUUUGACAUUAAUCCCACAAACAGGGUACAUUCAUCCUGAUGAGUAUUUUCAGUCGAUUGAAGUUAUAUCAGGUGAUUAUUUUGAUAUCGACAUUAGUAAACCAUGGGAAUUUAAUUCUACAUUUCCUGUAAGAACUGUUUUGAUACCACAGAUCAUUGUUGGUGUACCAUACUCAAUUUUAACAAGAAUUUCACAAUAUACACGUUUCUACUUUGGUAUAUCAUUGAAAUCUCCAUACUUUCUUGUAUUAUUUCCACGUCUGUUAGUAUGCAUCUUGUCCUUUGUAUCAGAUUACUGUUUGUACAGAAUAUGUUACAUGUAUGGACAAAAUUAUAAAAUAAGACUGAUCACAUAUGCCAGUUCCUAUGUUAUGCUUGUUUAUGCAACUAGGACAUUUUCGAAUGCUAUUGAGUUAAUACUAAUGGCUUUGCUACUGUAUUAUAUAUCGUAUUGUAUGGCAUAUUCAGAGAAGGUAGUAAUCCAAAGUGAUUAUCUUAAAGAUAAAUAUAAUAAAGCAAAAAAUGGAGUGGAAAGAGUAAAAUAUUAUAAGCUUAAAGCUUCUUUACCCUCACAUUCUUUGAAUCAUUGCUUUAAAAUUGCAACAAUUACUGUGAUUGGUAUAUUUAACAGACCAACAUUCAUUGCAUUUGCCCUUUCCCCUAUCUUCUUUUGGUUACAAAGAGGUUUAGGAUCAAAAAGUGUAGGUUUUGGUGAUUUUCACAUUCGAAUCUUUACUUUUAUCGCGUAUGGAAUACCGACGGCUAUCAUGUUUAUUCUAGUCGACAGCUUUUAUUUUGGUUAUUUAACAAUGGCAGAGAUAGGUAAUCUUGACAUUAGCAUCAACAAUUUUGUAGUAACACCGCUCAAUUUUUUCAAAUACAAUGCAAACACCAAAAACCUACAGAAUCAUGGUUUGCAUCCCUAUUAUGUACAUUUCUUAAUAAAUGUACCUCUUUUAUACAACGUUCUCGGAGUUAUUGGCCUCCUGACAUUUGCGAAAAUGUUAUAUAGCGGUUUGAAAGCUCGAUGGUUGGAUUUACCGCGUAUACAAAGCGUUGUCGGUUUGAUGACACUAUCUUUUAUUGUACCAAUCGCAUUGCUAUCGAUUUUUCCUCAUCAAGAACCUCGAUUUAUAAUCCCGACUUUAUUACCUCUAGUUUUUUUGUACGCUCCGAAUAUGAAUCAAAUAUCAGGAGUUGAUACAGUUUCGCGUAUCACCGAAAAUAAUACGUACCCCAAAACUUGUACGCAAAAGACUAAACUCAGUAAACUGCAGAUUUUUUGGUUCGCGUGUAACGCUUUGCUAGCAUUUUUUUAUGGGUUCGCUCAUCAAGGUGGAAUUUUACCUUUAACGUCUCAUAUAGCAACUGAAUUGAAAGCAAAACCAGAGCUCACGCAUAUACAUUUAUUUACAUCGCAUAGUUAUUCUGUACCAACGGCGCUUUUGCAUUUAAGAAAUACUAAAAGGACAUACAUAAGUACCGGAAAUCACAAGUAUAAGUUAGUUAAAGAUUUCUAUCUCUACGAACAAGGUUCAAAGCCUAUAAGAGAUGUGUGUAACAUCAUUGCCUUAAAACUUCGGGAAUGCGAGCAUAAGUAUUUCACCAGAAGGGUGCCAUAUAGGAUAUAUUAUGCUUUUCCUGCUACAGAUAUGGAAGAGUUUAUGUCUAUUCAAAAUAAUACAAAUUUAUUUAAUUAUCAUAUUGUAAAUAAAUUUUAUCCACAUGUAACCGUUGAGAAAUUGCCAUUCCCAAAAGUUAUUAACGUUCUGCGUUUGACAAAUAUGAAUAGUUUGUCGGUACAAACAUUUAUAGGGGUUAAGAACGACGUAAUCGACACUUUUCAACAAUUCGAAUUGUUAUUAUUACGAAUAGAAUAUUUCAUACAUAACAAAUGGCAAGGUGUACAUCGCGAACGAAAUACAAAUUUUUAAUUAAAUUAUUUAUUUGUACAGAAUAAAAUUAAGAUAUAUGUAUUUAUUAUCGAUCAUCGCUAUACUUGUUACAUUUAUUAAUUAAUAAAAUAAAAAAUAAAAUGCUGUAA